GUGCACCACGCAGGCACCGCACAAUCCUCCACUCGAGUCGAGCCGCCACCGCCGCCUGCGUCACGCCGCCGCGGUCGCCGGCGUCGUGCCGCCGCCGCCGCUCGCAUCACACCGCCGCCCGACCGCCUAUGUCACGCCGCCCGGGUCAUGCAGCCGCCAGCUCGCAUCACGCUGUCGCUUGACCGCCUGCGUCACGUCGCCUGGCCGCCGCCCGCCGGCGUCUGAAGAUGAGCUCCUCCUCCGAUGAUUUCGAUGCACUACGGCAAAGGCAGGUGCAAGUGAUAAUGUCGUCGCCGCCGCCACAGAAUGAAGCUGUGGCCAAUGAAGCAGGUGCCACAGGUUCCUCCGCUGCUGAAACUACCUCCUCAGCUGCUCCAGAUGGACAAUCCAUAGUAGAGAAGGCCAUAGCUGAACUGCCACCAAAUCUUGCGGAGAUGGCUAAAGAUCCUAAGAGGAAAGCAAAAUCUAGAGACCCUGGAUGGAAAUAUGGGUUCUGGCCAGAUCCUCUGAAGAAGGAGAUGGUGCAAUGCAUAUUCUGCAAGAAGGUUGUUCCUGCAGGAAUCAAAAGGCUCAAGCAGCACCUUGCUGGGGGCUAUGGUGAUACAGUAAAAUGUCCAAAAGCACCAGAGUUGAUCUCCAAAGAGAUGAGCAUUUACCUGAAAAAGAAUGCAAGAAGUGUGAUUGUGCAAGUGGAUGAAGGUGAAGGUGAACAAGAACAAGAGCAAGGUGCAGAGGAGGGUCAAGCUGUUGACCAAGUAGCAGUACCAAGUUCUGGGACAAGGCUUAAGCAAGCAAAGGCAGCAAAGCUGAAAGUUUCUCAAGCUGCAAUCACUUCUUUUAUGGUUUCUGGUUCAGUAAAACCACAAACACAAAAGUACUCCAAGUCAAUAAGUUCAAUGCUUUGCGAUACACCAGAGGAAGUAGUAGCAAAAAGGCAUAAAUAUGGUACUUCACAACCUACUCUUGAGCACUGCACAAAGAAAUCUAAGGAGGCCAAAGAAAUUGUUGAUGAUCAUGUCGCUGAUUUCUUUUAUGAGAAUGCCAUAGCUUUCAAUGUCAUCAAUUCAAGAAGCUUUGAGAUUAUGGUUGAGUCCAUUGGGCAAUAUGGUCCUGGGUAUCGUUCACCAACAUUUCGUGAAAUUAGGGAGGGGCUGCUUGAAAGGGCUGUGCAGCGAACAACGGAACUGAGGAAGAAGCAUGAGGAGGCUUGGAAGGAAUAUGGUUGCACAAUCAUGUCCGAUGGUUGGACUGACACAAGCCGGCGUCAUCUCAUCAACUUUCUUGCCAACAGCCCAGCAGGGACCUUCUUCCUAGGCUCAGUGGACGCUUCAAGUGAAGUAGCCGAUGCACAAAUGUUAGCAGAUUUAUUGGAAAAGCAAAUUGAUAAGGUUGGAAAGGAAUAUGUUGUGCAGAUAGUCACAGACAAUGGAGCCAAUUUCAAGGCAGCAGGAAGGAUUCUAAUGGAGAGGAUCCCUCAUUUGUUUUGGACACCUUGUGUAGCACAAUGCUUGAAUUUGAUGAUGCAGGACAUUGGGCAGAUAAAGGAAUUCAACACAACUAUCAAUAUGGCAAAGAAAUUGUCCAGAUUUCUGUACAAGCAUGGAAGGCUUCUUGAGUUUACGAGAAAGAAAAUAGAUGGAGAUCUUGUCAGACCUGCUGUGACUCGCUUUGCUACAUCAUAUCUCACUUUGGCAAGUAUGCUUCAAAAGAGACAAGGUUUGAAGGCUUUGUUUGUUAGUCCCCAAUGGAGUAGCAGCGCCUGGUCCAAAUCUGCUGAAGGACAGCAAUGUGAGAGAAUUGUCCUUUCAGCACCAUUUUGGACAAAAGUGUAAAAUUGCCUAAAAGCUUCACAGCCCCUUCUCAUUGCUCUAAGGAUAGCAGAUGGAGAUGAGACACCAGCAGCCCCUGAGAUUAUGGCAGCAAUGGAAGUGGCAAAGAGCACAAUCAAGGAGGACCUGAGAGCCAAUAACACUUUACUUAAACAAGUAAUGGACUGCUAUGACAGGAGGUGGGAAAACCAAAUGGAGCAAAAGUUGUAUGGUGCAGCCCUAUUCUUGAAUCCAGGCAAGUUCUUUGCCAUAAGGGAGAAGGACAGGAGGCAAGCUACAAGGCUAAGGUCCAUGUUCAAUGAUGUUUUGUGGAUGAUGGUGUCGGAUGAUGAUGAACAGUGCAAGAUUAGUAAGCAAGCUGAUGAUUAUGAGAGGUCUGAAGGUGAUUGCUUCUCAAAGCCAAUGGCAAUAAGAGAGAGAGAUAACAAGAAUCCUAUUUUGUGGUGGGGAUCAUAUGGUGGCCUAGCAUAUGAGCUCCAAAGUUUAGCAAAAAGAAUUGUGAGCCUUUGUUGUUCUACUUCUGGAUGUGAACGUAAUUGGAGCACAUUUUCUCAUGUCCAUACCAAAAAGAGGAACAGAUUAGAGCACAAAAGGUUGAGCAAGCUGGUGUAUGUUAGCUACAACCGGAAGAUGUCAAAUAGAUUUCAAAAAAUUAGAGAACUUGGCUCCAAAGCAAAGAAAUACAACCCUCUAAUUCUUGAAGAAUUUAAUUGGGAGAGUGAAUGGGUUGAUGUAAAUUCUGAUCCAGUUCACACAGGAGCAGCAGCAGAUGGGGAUGGCAACGUGCUGACUUGGGGGCAGAUGGAUGAAGCUAUUGGUGCAACUGAAGGUCUCCAGGGUCGUGGCCUGAAAAGGGCAGCUGCUGCUCGUUCUGCUACUGCUGUUAGCCACACUUAUGCUAGGAAGAAGCGUCCAAGGAGGGCAAAUGCUACUCAGGAUAUUGCUGAACUGAAUGACAGUGAUCAGGAGAUGAUGGAGGUAGAUGCACCAGGUGACCGGCAUGGUGUAUCAGAUUCAGAAUAUACAAUGGAGGAUGGUGAAGAUUCCGGAGGACCACCUGAUGGAGAACAAGAAUUUCAAUUGAAUGAAGCAUUGCUUGAUUAGAUGCAUGGCUGGGCUGUCUUCUUUUGAAGUUUGCUGCUUUGUUGAAUUGUUGUGUGCUGAUGUGUUGUUCAGCUGAAGUGUUCAGCUUAUUAUUAACUUAUCAUUUGAACCUAUUUAUGUACUGAAUGUUUGAACACUGAACCUAUUUAGCUGUCUAAUUAUCUAUGUAAUAUGUAUGCUUUGCUA